UCGUCGGCGCACGGCGCUCAGCAUCGCCGCCCGACCUGUAGAGAGACACGCAGCUAGUCGAGCAGUCAGUAGUAGCCUAGUGGUAGUCCUAGUGUGUGGAGCCGUCCGCGGAACGACGCUCUUUCUCACUCGUAGUACAUACAUACACACACACACAGAUAUAGACUGUGUGUUGUUUCGCUCCUUUUGUGUGUCUGUUUGUGUGCUUCGUUCAGUGUCCUGUGGAUGUUGCCGGAGCUUUCGAGCGGACGAGUCGCUGGAGAUCAGAGCCGAGCCGCACCCUCUGUCCAAUCUCGACGCUGUCCGAUGAUCCGCACCAGCGAAGGUGAAACCAUCAGAGCCGAGGGUCGAGCGUUAAUUGACCGGCAGCAGGGAUGAUUUCUUAACGGAAACCACGAUACGCCUUUCCUUUUUUCUCUCCAGAGGAGCAGGCGCAGAGGGAAAAGCGAGACGCAUGUGGACUUGACACUUUCGAGCGAGCUUCCUUGGUAUGAGCUUGCCAGAACCGGAGGAGGAUCGAUCGCUCUCCAGAUAGCCGAGACACGCCGCGAAAAAAUAAACGUCCUAGAUAAUGUGAUCCGUCGAUCGCGCCGAGAAUAUAACGUCUUCGAUCGUAUAAGUAUAUAUCAACGUGCCAAAUAUACAGAUAUAAAUUUACACACGCUUAGCUUAAAACAGAAGUCUAUGUAUACACACAAGAGAGUUUUGAAAUGUUAUUAUAUAUAUUAUAUUGAUCAUAAGAAAUAUCUAUGUAUCUUCGCUUGGGAACAAAGUACUACAGCAUAACUGCACGCGCGUACUCUCGACUUUUUCACCUUUUCGCAUUUUUCACCGCCUCCGUGUUGUAAUACGUGCCGCGCUUUUUUAAAAGUAGAUUCGUCCGCAGGGUUGCUUGACUGAUAUUUUCUCCGUGAGCCGCGAGAAUUACCGCGCGGCUAAAGUACGAGCCUUACGCUGAGACCAAUUUUCUGAGAAGUUGAAGAAACGGCGAAGCAAAACAAAAAGUAGAACGUACGAAGAAUUCGUGAAAUCCUCUGGCGCGCUCUGGAGACGCAUGAGGGAAUUAUCGAUGCCGAGAUAACGGACAUAACCUCGUCUCGCACCUGAUCGCCAUCUGACUCGAACACGAUCUUCUUCCACACUUUCCCUUCCGGAAUCUCACUUCCACGCAUUGAGGUCACAGCCGAGAAUAAAGUACGCAGUGUACAGCAUCUCUAUGAAUACAUCAUCAGCUCCGACGAUGACCUGAUUGUGGGCGUCCUCCAGACAGCUUUCGUCGUCAUCGUCCAGAGAUGAUGACCUAACCUCCAAGACCACGUGACGCUCCCUCCCCACCCUAACGUACCUUCCGAGAAAUUCCACACGAGAGAGAGAGAGAGAGAGAGAGAGAGAGAGAUAAAGAGGGAAAAAGGACAGCCAGUGCCGUGGAAAUGCCGGGACCGACGACUGCGUCCUCUGGACGCACGAGCAGCGAAGCCAUCCGCAUGGAGCCCUUGGGGAGGACUUCCAGCUCGCGCAGUCCUGGACAGAACGGCAACGCCAACAGCGAGGCUGCCAGAAGCGGCGCAGGAGAGACAAAUCCAGGCCUGCACAAGCGCAACAUCUACGAGCAGAACGGCGUGGCCGUGUGCUCGCAAAAGCGGGCGCUCUGCAUAGCUACAGUCGUGUUCGCGACUCUAUUCGCCAUAUCACUCAUCAUCGCCUUCGCGGGACCACAAAAUGCUCUGAGCAGAAGUUUCAACCAACGAUUUUUGCAAUAUUUCCAUCAUGACUGCCCUUGCGCUGGAGAAAAGCCAGCGAACUUGGAAAUCGAAGAGGACGAGGAAAGCAGCGAGCCGCUUGCGACCAACGGCCAGAUCUUUCCAUGGGACAACGUCAGAUUACCAAAUUUCGCACAUCCGACGCGGUAUAAUAUCACAAUCCAUCCAAAUCUCACGACGCUGGAAGUCAAAGGACAAGUCACGAUCGAGUUUUACGUCGACCGAGAGACCAAUUUUAUCGUCUUCCAUAGCAAAAACUUGACAAUAAACGAAAAGAUGGUACAGGAUCGCAAGGGUCACAGAUUAAAGAUCGCGAAGCUGCUCGAAUAUCCCAAGCAUCAGCAGCUUUACCUCGAGCUCGAGGAGAGCAAGUUUCGAAAGAGGGGGAACUACACGGUACACUUGAGGUUCAUCUCGAAGCUGAAGAACGAGCUCGAGGGCUUCUAUCUCAGCAGUUACGUCAACGCCAAUGGCGAAAAAAGCUUUUUCAACGGUCAUAGGUACCUGGCAACGACGCACUUCGAGCCGACGUACGCACGCUCGGCUUUUCCCUGCUUCGACGAGCCUCAGUAUAAGGCCAAAUUCAAGGUGUCCAUAUUCCGGGACCGUUUCCAUAUCGCUCUCUGCAACAUGCCGGUGGUCAACACGGAAGAUGCGGGUUUCUAUAUGGGCACGGGACUCCUGCGCGACGACUUCCAAGAGUCCGUGGAGAUGUCGACGUACCUCGUGGCCUUCGUCGUCUGCGACUUCAAGCGAGUCUCUCAGAUGACGAGGCGCAACGUCAGUGUGAGUGUCUACGCGGCCGAGACGAUGCUGCCGCAGGCCAACUACUCCGUCAGGACAGCAGCCAGGACAAUGGACUACUUCGAAUCGUUCUUCGGAGUUCAGUAUCCACUGCCUAAGUUAGAUUUAAUAGCCAUUCCGGACUUCGCUGCCGGAGCCAUGGAAAACUGGGGCCUGAUAACUUACCGCGAGACAUCGAUCCUGUACGAUCCCAGCGAGACGUCGACCGCAGCCCACGAGUGGGUAGCCGUCGUGAUCGCCCACGAACUAGCCCAUCAAUGGUUCGGAAACCUUGUUACCAUGAAGUGGUGGAACGACUUGUGGCUGAACGAGGGCGCCGCCAGCUACUUUGAAUACAAGGGUGUCAACUUCAUCUCGCCCGAAUGGAGCAUGAUGGACCAGUUUAUCCUGGACAAGAUUCAGCCUGCCCUGGACCUGGAUGCGCUCGCCAGCAGUCAUCCCAUCAGCGUUCCUGUGAAAGAUCCGUCUGAGAUCGAGGCAAUCUUCGACACCAUCAGUUACAACAAGGGUGCCUCGAUACUGUACAUGUUGGAAGGAUUCCUAUGCGAGGACGUGCUCAAAGCUGGGCUCAAUGAUUACCUGGGCAUGCAUGCUUAUGGUAACGCCGAUACCAAUGACCUGUGGUCCGUGUUUACGAAGCAUGUCAAUCGAACGUUCGAUGUCAAGGCCAUAAUGGACACGUGGACGAAGCAAACAGGUUUCCCUCUGAUAACAAUCUCAAGAGAGGGUAACAUAAUCACGGCGUCGCAGAAGCGAUUCCUGGUAUCGCCUCAUGAGAACGAUACCGAACUACAUAUACCCAAAUCGCCGUUCAACUACAGAUGGUACGUGCCUCUGAGUUAUUACACUAGCAAGGAACCGAAGGACGUCCAGAAUGUUUGGAUGAACAUGUCCGAUGUAACUUUUGAAAUUCCGGCCGACGUGGAGUACAUCAAGUGCAACGUCAAUCAGACGGGUUUCUACCGAGUUUCGUAUCCAGAUGACAUGUGGUCCGCGAUAAUCAAUACCCUUCUCAAAGACCACACCAAGUUCAGUCCAGCUGACCGAGCAAAUCUCAUCGACGACGCGUUCACGCUGUGCAAGGCCGGUGAACUUAAUGCCUCGAUACCACUGCAACUAUCCCUCUAUCUACUGAAUGAGAGAGAUUACGUGCCCUGGGCAACGGCUCUCAACUACCUCCACUCGUGGAAAGAAAAGCUGAGCGAGAGCUCGGCGUACAAACGUUACAUCAUAUUUUUGAAGAUGUUACUCGCACCCGUUACCAAAUAUGUCGGAUGGAGCGACGAUGGAUCCCACUUAAAAAAAUUACUACGAAUCUCAGUACUGCAGUCAGCGGUAGACCUGCAACUGGACGAGGUGGUGAAACCAGCCAAGAGUCUCUUCGACGACUGGAUGCUGCGCAAAAAGAGUAUAGCUCCCAACAUCCGCGAUGUGGUGUAUGCCGCGGGUGUGAAGUUUGGUAGUCAGGAUGAGUGGAACUAUUGCUGGGAUACAUAUCGAAAUACUCUCUAUCCCAGUGAGAAGCGUAUAAUGCUUCAGGCGCUAGGAGCGACGACGGAUCCCUGGCUCUUGCAGCGAUACUUGCUGCAAACUCUCGAUAGGGAUCAGGUCAGGCCGCAAGAUGUCGAAGCGGUGAUAGCAGCGGUUGCCAGAAAUUCCGAGGGCAAGCUGUUAGCCUGGAGGCAUCUCAAAGCUCACUGGCCUCAUAUUCAGGGUCUGUUUGGUAAUGGAUCGCUGACGAUGGGUGGACUGAUACAAGUUGUCACCUCCGACUUCUUCACCGAGUACGAUUACCAUGAGGUAAAAGCGUUCUUCAAAGACAUUGAUGUGGGAAGUGGUCAAAGGAUGCUUGAUCAAAGUCUGGAAACUAUAAAGUUCAACAUCCAUUGGGUGAAGGAAAACGCGGAAACGAUAGACGAAUGGUUGAUCGACUUUUUGAAUAAAAAGGCGAGUUAAUCGAGGUAAAUCUUUUACUUCCGAGAUCGAGCAGAAAAUGAAUCGCGAUAAGCUCCAGAUACGUAAAUCAUUUCUGUUAUUUACGCAUUUUUUGCAUCGGAACGUUUUUUACGUGUAACGAAUGAUCGUAGCAUCGUAUAAAUCAAUUUACUUUAGAUCCUUUUUACGUACUAUGUAUAAUAUUUAUUGUAUAAUCAAUUCAAUUUUUCGAGACAGAACUCAAAUUUCUAUAUAAUAAUAAUUUGAGACUCUUUGCGUUCCGAAGAAGUUAUACUACGUAGCGAAAUGCAUCUAAAUGUCAUGCGAUCGACCAAUUAACGUUAAGUUGAUUUCGAGGACGGAACGUGAACGCGAUAAUCAUUUUUCCGAGUUAUUCCGAAAAUUUCAUACGUAAUCAUGAGAAUGAAAUGGAAAAUUAAAAAAAAAAAACGACUGAUGCAUACGUGCUGAUUGCGAGCAAGCGAAGAUAAAAAGAGGAUCAAUCGCGCGUUUAUAAAGCGAGUAUUCGAGUAGCAUAUCAAAGUGGGAAGAGGGACCCAGGGCAAGAAAUUCGCUGACUUCUCGUCUUGAAGAGGCGUCGUUGAGUCAGGUCGCAAAUCUGGGGGUUAAGCAAACAAAAGUGUAAAGGCAUGAGUUUUUUUUAAGAUCUAGUACGACACAAAUAGGAUAUUUUACUACGCUGAGUCUUGAAGUGCGGAUGUCGAUGGUGAUGAUUACAAUUAUAAUUAUAAAGGCGAUGACGGCGAUGAUGGUGAUGGUGAUCUAGAUUUAGAUAAUUAUAUGAACGUAGCUUUGUGCGGUGUGCAUUAAUGUGUGUGAAUUUAAAAGAAAAAAAGAUGUCUCAGACGCCCGUAACAGUAUAAUAGCGCCCAAGAAGGAAUUUUUUCAAGCGGUUGCAUAUAUUAUAUAAAUAUACAUCUUUCUCGUUCCUUGUACCUCAUGAUUGAUAUACGGUUACUUAGAAACCUUCUUUUUUAAUUUUUAUACGUGCAUUUAAAUAUAAAACGACACCAAAAUUUUCAGUCUCUUCAAUCCGAUCCACAUCUAUGAUACAAGUAUAUAACAUAAUAUACUAAUUCAAAUUUCUUAACAAUAUAUUUUCAUUUUUGUUAGAGAUGUAGGGUAUUUUUAAAAUUUUUACUAACUUUUUAUAAGAUUUCUUAAAUUUGUAAUGGAGUUACGCAAAGUACGAGGAUAAAUACAAAAUUCUAUUUCUGUGAUUUCGCACAAUUGAUAUAUAGACGUACGUUAAUUUUCUUAUACCUAUAUUAUUCCUUCUCAAAUUGAAUAAAUUCGAAUCGCGAGUUGAUUGAUAUACCUAGAAAAUUAAUUAAUAGAUUUUUUAAAGAUAAGCAUCUAUAAACUCAGACACAGUGAUUUCUCGCAAGACCUAAUCCGUUCCUUAUUCAAACACCUGCCAAUACAACAAAGUACUUCAACACCAAAGUUAUUCUUAACGAUAUUAUUAAAAACCGUUGACGAUUCAAUAUACAAUCAUUUAUAUAAUAGUUGUACAUGUAUUAAUCUAAUAACGUACUAAUUACUUUUUUCAAUGAAUACUCGCUAUAACUCAGUGCAGUAUCCGUUUUCGCUUUAGCUGAAAGUAUACAUAGAAAUCGCAUGUUUGGAUCGAAAAAAAGUUCUUCUUGUGGCCGCCGCGAUGUAAAGAUAUUGUAGAGGAAAACGUGCGAAUCCUAUGUCAAUGAAAGAAACUAAUUCCUGCCCCCGUCCGCUUUGUGAAAAAAAUUAAAUUAUGUACUUAAAAUAUAAAAACGCGGAAUAUUUAUUGUAAAGCGAUAUGCUACGUCUCUUUUUGAUACGAUUUCUUCUUGUAUUAUCUCUUUAACACUGCUUAUUAACUACAGAAGCUAUUUGCUAUUGAAUUUAUAAAAUGAAAAAAUGUGAAUUACUCGUACGAUUUUCGAUACAUAUGGGGAAUCGCCAAUCAACUGAGAAUUCAAAACACCGCUCAAAAGCGAAUUCGAGAAAGAACGGGAUAUUCUUUUUUUCAAAUGCAUUUAAACGCAAGAUAACAAUUUCCUACACAGACUUCGACGCAUAUUGGACACAAAGAUGGAAAAAAUUUUUCGCACUGUAAAUAUAGGUGAGAAACUUAUACCGUGCAUCGAAGUGAAAUUUAUAAUGGAAUAAUCGUCAGCAACGUUUCAGAAGUCGAACGUUUUAACGUGAAGAUUGCUUUUUUGUCCGAGUCUUUUCAUUAAUAGCUCCUUGAAAAAAAGAAAUGCAAAAUAUUAAUAACGGUGGUAUGUUUUCGUACGAGCAUGCAGGUUUCAUCACUAAAAACGUUGCACAUGAUCGAGGCGAAGAAAUUUAAAUAAAAUAGAAAACAUGAAAGAAAAAUCUUGCGGAAGCUGAAGAGAUUUUCUUUCCUCGAAGCUUCCAACUCUCUUACAAACACACAAUCCCACACCCGUAUACACGCAUGACCUGACGUCGAAUCUGUAGAUUUUGAUAUACGCUCCCGAGAACAAAAAAAAUACUGCGAAUUAAUGAAUCGACGCACACAAGAUAACUGAAGUAAGGGAAAAAAGAAAGAAAGAAAAAAGUAUAAAAAAAAAGAUAAUGUAAUCUCUACCUUAAACAUUUGUAAAUAGCCUAUUUUUUCACUGAACAAAAUAAUAAGAAAAAAUUCCUCAUUGAAAAUCGUUGAUUGCGAGUGCGCGAGUGUAGAUGAUUAUAUAACGGCAUACAUGUGCGGCGAGGUAGAUAUAUCGAAGGCAAUGCGAUAUGCUAUAAUUAUAAUCGAAUCGAGGUGUAUAUCGAUUGGCCUACUAUUACGGCGACUAUUGUAAUUAAUUAAAUGUAUACAAUACAAGUUUACGGUGCACGAGAAGCUCGAUGAGAGAUGACGUGGAAAAAAAAUCAAUUUUCCGUAAACCUUGUAAUGUGAUGGGGGCUCUAACUUUAUAUGAAUUGUUUUGUUCAUACUCGAGGUGCCGCUGCCACCAUUACCGCGAUUUAGAAUCUCAACAUUUUGUAAACUUAUUUUAUGAUUCCUUCGUUGCUUUUUUUUUCUUACUUCCUCGCGCGUUCGUUUAUAUGUUAUAUGUGUAUGUUGAACUUUUUUAUGUUUUUUGUUUGUUUGUUAACAAGACGCGACUUUGAACAGUGCUUUUGUUUGUUGAGAAAAAAGAUUAAUUCCUAUUCUAUAUAUGGUAUGUUAAUUUUUACAACAAUGAUGGCUGAUGAUUCGAAAUUCCAAACAGUAAAUAAAACAAAAAGCACUGUUUCGAAAUUAAUGAAAAACUGCCAUAAGUUAUGCUUUUCUGUGAAUAGUAAUGAUUAUGUGCGUUUGAUCUUUAAGAGAUCAGAGGAUACUAAAACAUUGUCAUACCAAAUCCCUCAUUUACUAUUUUGUAAUCUAAAUCGUACAUAAUAAAGUAGUCAAGAAUGAUGAGAAACAAUAUAAAGAGAAAAGAGUCGAUUUUCAAUGUUCGAUGCCAAAACACUGUCGUAUUUUAUUGAAUCUAGACUAAAUUUCAUAAUUUGUCGUUUAAUCAAAUCAAUCAACCGCCGCGGAAAGAAAUGGAAAAUUCGGCUGUCUUUAUACAUUUUUUGCUCAAGUUUAGUCAGAGUCGAGUGCGGAUGUAAUAUUGCAAAAUUGGAGAGGGAAACCAAAAAAUGCGGAUAUUCACACGUUAAGACUGGACACCAGAGUAAGAGUUGAUUAUUAUAUAUAUUAUGAAUUAUAGUAGACGUAUAUAUAUAUAUAUAUAUAUAUAUAUAUAUAUAUAUAUAUAUAUGUAUGUAUUUUGUGCAAUCAUGAAACGGAGCGAAGGGUUCUGCGCAUUAACUACAGUAUACAUAUUAAGUAAGCUGGAUAAAGAAAGAAUGGCGUAACCGAGCGUAAAUGUCGGACGUUCAACUUUUUUUUCUUUUAGAAACACUAGAAUAAUCUUUUUUCAUGAUUUAUUAUCCUUACCACGAUUAGGCAUAUAUAAUCGUAGGCGAUAAUAUGAGUCUAAACAACUAAUAAUUUUCUUCAAAACGUAUAACCUUGAGAGUAUUUCAGAAUUCUAAAAGAACGUUCGACACUUUAAAGCCGGGCGUUAAUGGAAGGAAAAUGGCUCCGAGAAUGUAGCGCCAUCUCUCGCAUUAGUUACGCAACUUCUAAUUAAACACUGUGAAAAAAAUACAUACCUAAAAAGGUAUAACAAAAUGUCGAAGUGAUGGCUGAUGCUCUCUAUAUAGUAUAACGUUGUCAUAGAUAUUUUGUUGUAUGAAAGAAAAGUUAAAAAAAACUGAAUAUAAAACAGAAACUCUAAUAAACGAAGAAAAACAUUUAAAAAAAUGAACAGUGCUAACCAAGACAUGUACAAGCGUACAAAUUAAAUAUAUAUAGAUUAUAUGUUUAAAGUA